UAUAAUUCAAAGAUGUCGCAAAUCACUUCAAAAGUUUGAUUGUAAUGUCCAAAAAAUCUUUUCGUCCGCCAUGUCAAUCACUUGACAAUGCCUCCCAAACCUAAACACAAACCCCCAUGUUGCCUUUCCUGCAUCUGUCCCUGCGGCUUUGGCCAAAUUCGUUAUGUAAUCGUGGCAAUGGGCUUCUUCAGCAUCAUUGUCUCACAUUGUCAACGUGCCGUGUUAAGCAUCGCAAUCGUGGAAAUGGUAGGCUCAGGAAGUGCAGCAGCACGAAGCACCUGCCCAACCCCGCAUGGCGAUUCGCACAUCAUCGAAGACAUUGGAGGAGGCAAAACAGACUGGAACGAAAAAGAACAAAAUCUCAAUCUGGCUUCAUUCUACAUCGGAUACUUCAUAAUGCACGUACCAGCUGGUAUACUCUGUGACAUGUACGGUGCGCGACAUAUCCUCAUCUGGGGCCUAAUACUUUCCACAAUCUGCACGGGGCUUAUCCCGCCGGCAACAAUGUACUCACCAUGGUGGUCAGUGUUUAUCCUUCGUGUUUUACUCGGAUUUGGUCAAAGUGUACAAUAUCCAUGCCUUUCAUCCUUGGUUGGUAGAUGGAUCCCACCUUCAGAACGAGCUACAACCAGCGCCAUUGUAUUCGCCAGCAAUUCCAUCGGUUACAUUGUUGCAAAUCUCUGUAGUGGGAUGAUAAUCAUGUACUUUGAAAAUUGGACCAUACCAUUUUACCUCUGGACAGGGAUGGGUGUAAUCUUUACCAUAUUAGCAUUUAUGUAUCUUUUUUCUGAUCCAAGAACACAUCCAUACCUACAUGAAGUUGAGAAAGAAUACUUGAAAGACACUGUGAUUCAAACAGAACGAAUGAAUAUCCCUGUAAAAGCAAUGGCAAAAGACAUUUGUGUUUAUGGUUUGAUCAUUGGCCAAGCGGGACAUGACUUAAUCAUGUUCCUACUAGCAAAUAACCUACCUAAAUAUCUCAACAACGUUUUAGGGUUUAACAUCAAAACAAACGCUUUGUUUUCCUUCAUAUACCUUGCACAACUAAUAGCAGCAUUUGCAUUUGGUGUCCUAGCAGACCACAUGAUCAACAAGAACGCUAACCUCUGUUUAGUUAGAAAAGUCUAUACAAAUCUAUCACUGGUGCUUCCUGGUUUAGCAAUGCUGGGAGUUGGUUUUGUUGAAUGUAAUAUUCCAUGGGUUAUAAGUCUUCUGAUUGCAACCAUGUUCUUCAAUGGUCUGUACUAUUGUGGGCUCAAGGUUCAUGUACUUGAUGUGAGUGUAAAUCACGCGGGUCUCCUCAUGGCGCUUAUAAAUGGCACUGGAUCAUUAUCCGGGUUCUUCUCGUCGUUUAUAAUCGGGAUUGUCGCUAAGGAUAACACGCAUGAGCAAUGGCUAAUAGUCUUUUCAAUCAUGUUAAGUCUACACAUAUUCACUGGGUUUUUAUACACGCUGAUGUCAAAUUGUGAACGCCGCGACUGGGACUAUUUAGAAGGAGAAGAGAAAAAAGUACAAACACGAUCGAAAAAGUGUUGUCUACAACUAUCCCAAUCUGCUUAUGAGUUACACUUGAAAGAAGCUGCUGAUGCGAAGAAAUUACAUGAGGAUAACGUGCGUUCAGCCAAGAUGAAAAUGAAGGCGUCGUAUAUUUCGCUCAUGUCUGAAAGCAGCAGUACUCGCGGACAUAAAUAAAUAAAACCAACGGAAUUGUAUGUUGUAUUGAAAAUUUAAAUUAAUCGGAUUUAUUUGUGUA